GGAGAGUUGUUUUAUAACAGCACUGCAGUCAGUGCGGCUCCUGCUUCACCUCCGGGACUCAGCGCCGCACCUCCGCACCAAUGGCAGCUCCGAAGAAAGUCUGCAUCGUGGGCUCCGGAAACUGGGGCUCUGCUAUUGCCAAGAUUGUGGGUGCCAAUGUUGCUCAAAAUCCCAAAUUUGACAACACAGUAAAAAUGUGGGUGUUUGAGGAGACUGUGAAUGGGCGCAAGCUGACCGAAAUAAUUAACACCAGCCAUGAAAAUGUGAAGUACCUCCCUGGGCACAAGUUGCCAACAAAUGUGCUGGCUGUUCCGGACCUGGUGGAGGCAUCCAGCGAUGCAGACAUUUUGGUGUUUGUGAUCCCGCACCAGUUUAUCGGCAAAGUGUGCAACACGAUGAAGGGAAAGGUUAAAAGCGACGCGCUCGGUAUAUCCCUCAUCAAGGGCGUAGACGAGGGGCCAGACGGGCUGAAACUCAUCUCUGAUGUGAUCCAGGAGAACCUCGGCAUCACAAUGAGCGUGCUGAUGGGAGCCAACAUUGCCAAUGAGGUUGCUGAUGAGAAGUUCUGUGAAACCACUAUUGGCUGUAAGAAUAAAAACCACGGGACUCUCCUGAAGGAGCUCAUGCAGACCAGCAACUUCAGAGUCACAGUGGUGGAGGAGUACGAUGUGGUGGAAAUCUGUGGCGCCCUAAAGAAUAUUGUUGCGGUGGGCGCAGGCUUCUGCGACGGCCUGGGCUUCGGGGACAACACGAAGGCGGCGGUGAUCAGGCUGGGCCUGAUGGAAAUGAUUGCUUUCGCCAAGAUUUUUUGCAAAGUCGGGCCGGUUUCCUCGGCGACCUUCCUGGAGAGCUGCGGCGUGGCUGACCUCAUCACGACCUGCUACGGCGGCCGCAACCGCAGAGUCGCUGAAGCUUUCGUCAAGACGGGGAAAUCCAUCGAGGAACUGGAGAAGGAGUUGUUGAACGGGCAGAAGCUGCAGGGACCAGCAACAGCUGCUGAGGUUUAUCUCAUCCUCAAGCACAAAAACCUGAUUGAUAAGUUCCCUCUGUUCAACGCCGUGUAUCAGAUCUGCUUCCAGGGCCACCCAGUGUCAGAGUUCAUCAGCUGCCUGCAGAACCACCCAGAGCACAUGUGAUGAGGUGAAACCGACAGAAUGCCUUCUCUACGGGAACGCCGCAGCCUCUUUUCUGUUCACGCUCGAGGAGAGAGUUGCGUUGCGGAUUUUGCGCGUAGUGUCGACUCGGCAUCGAAGCUGCGUAAGGUCUAUUUCUGACAUGUCGUUUAAGGAUUUAAUCCUGUUUCCAGGAACAUGUUUUGUUACCAGAUGGUGGUCAGACAAACAUGUUUUUAUGUUUCUAUGCUUGAUCUUAAUCAGAUUUUAUGGUGUCCAUUUUCAAUUACAGCUAGAUUGAACUCCGCUCUUUGGAGGACAACUAAAUAAAUGUGACCUUGAUUAUCAGUGUUCAUGUGCUACUACAUAAUCCGCUCUUAAUGUUUUUAAUAGUUUUAUCAUUAAAAAAACACACCCGCUGGGUAUCUACCUUGUUGAUCCUGCCAGUAGCAUAUGCUUGUCUCAAAGAUUAAGCCAUGCAAGUCUAAGUACACACGGCCGGUACAGUGAAACUGCGAAUGGCUCAUUAAAUCAGUUAUGGUUCCCUUUUUAAGUUCUUGUUCCAGAAGUGGACUGGGAUGUGAAGUAGUAGUUUAUUAGGCUAUGGAAGACUCUGACGGUCUGAGGUGAAUCUCUAUGAAAAGUGAUGCUAAUGCAGGAACCUGCAUUAGCAUCCGUCCAGUGAACCACCAUGAGUUAUUGGAUUACAUACUAUUUCACUAACUCUGCUCUCAUGUACUGUAAACGAAGGAUGCUUUUAACCUGCAAAGCUAAUGUGCCUUAUACUGUUGGGUUGGCGUUGAAACAGGAAAAUCCAAACUCUGUGGAGUUCCAAAAUUUUAAAACUAGUAAUUAGGGUAAAUUACUCCUCAAGGCAGCCAAUUUUCUGUUUGUCAGAAGCCAAUUUUAAAUGUUUUAUUUCUUAAAGAGUAAGUACUUUUGGGAAACUAAUGAUUUUGUGUAAAUUAUUGGUCAAUGGUGUUAGAUCCCUAAUAAAGGACUUGGGUUUCUUUUAAAAAGAGCUGUGUUGUAUUGUCAGAUAACAUCCAUACACUUUGCCAUUUGUUAUAGUGACCCAACCUAAAUAUGUUUGUACUUUCAGACAAUAUGUGAAAGAAUAUCUUCACCUGUCUAAAUAAACCACUUCUGGUGUUGAA